GCCAUGUCCGGGGUUGUGCGCCGUGAUAUUUCGCCGAUGCUGCAGAGACUUCGUUCGUUUCUGCUCGGUCGAGAACAUACAAAUGCGCUCCGUUUCGAGGAUGGAAUUGCGGCCAGAACUCAACCGCCACCGAAUCUGCCCGAUGGACCAGCGCACAAACUGUCGGCGAACCACUACGUGAUCCGUGAUGCACGUCGCGAAGUUGCUCCACCAAUCGAUUUGACCAGCCAGAAGCUGCUGGCAGAAAAAGGAUCGCCCGCGAGACUUCCAACACCCGGCAAGUCAUACGGCUGGGACAAACACUAAUCGUUUCGGCUGCGGGAUAAGUGAUAGCAAAAAGAACAGUGAAA